AUUUAAGAUGCAAAACCAUUUCAUCCAUGAGCUCGGAUUUCCCACAUUACAACUUCAGGAUGCCUAAUAUUGGAUUCCAGAAUCUUCCUCUCAACAUAUAUAUUGUGGUUUUUGGCACUGCUAUAUUUGUCUUCAUCCUUAGUUUACUCUUCUGUUGCUACUUGAUUAGGCUAAGACAUCAAGCACACAAAGAAUUUUAUGCCUACAAACAGGUUAUAUUAAAAGAGAAAGUAAAAGAACUGAAUUUACAUGAGCUCUGUGCAGUGUGUCUAGAAGACUUCAAGCCUCGAGAUGAGUUGGGGAUUUGUCCAUGUAAGCAUGCCUUCCACAGAAAGUGCCUUAUUAAGUGGCUGGAGGUUCGGAAAGUGUGUCCACUGUGCAACAUGCCAGUUCUACAGCUCGCCCAGUUGCAUAGUAAGCAGGACCGUGGACCCCCACAGGGGCCCCUACCCGGGGCAGAAAACAUUGUAUAGCUUACCACAAGGAUCAAACUGUUGGGGGAUCCAAUGUCCAUGUGGAGCCAGGAGGAACACAAGCGGUCUCUGUGUUGGCUGCUCUACCUGGGGCACCAGCUGCCACUUCCUUUGCCUCAUGAAGAACUCUUGGGCCAGCUAAACUGGGAAUCCAGACUUCUGGGUCUUGUGAUAACCAAAGCACGCUGACACUACCCCAUGCCAAGAGAAGAGGAGUGGAUGAGCCUACAGGUUUGGCUCAAGAAACUUCAUGAGGGUCUCUUGCUAACUCCAUUGCACUCUGUCUCCCAGACACUUAUCUCCAUUUCAAGGUGAAUCUUUAUCAAGCAGAAGGGAAGAUAAACACAAGUGUUAGAGAAGGGAACUGAUGGCAGGUCUUUAAAGCCACCCCCCACCCUCUGGACAGAUGAGCUUCUCUGCAGACCCUGCAUGCCUUUGCAGUGCAAACCCUCCUGACAGCCCCUGAGCCAAGUACAACCAGCAGUUACCUCAGCCGAAGCAUGACCGUUGCCAGUGGUUGGUGAGGCAGUGCCAACAAAGCUUUUCACUUUAUGUUCCUUUGAUAAGGCCACCUUGGAACCCAAGGGCUUUAGUUACAACAGAGCAGCAGUGCCCCUCGUCACUCCUUCUCCCUCAAGUUCACAACACUUGCUUAACAAUUUACCUAAGCUGAAAACAUUAGGUACACUUGGAAAGGCCUGGUCAGAAGCCAUUUCCUCUUAUUUCCCCCUCCUACUCACCAGAGAGGCACAGCCAAGCCACCUAUCAGGAGCCCCAGCAGUGGGAGGGCCUCUGAGCCCAUGCUGUCCCUGUGUGACCCAGGGGGCGUCAGGAUGCUUCCCAGAUCCUCACAUACACAGUGUGGUUCCAGUGUAGCCGCUGGUCUUGCCCCACUGCUUUUGUGGGAGCCUCUGUGAGCCCCUCAGAGGCUCUGAAGAGGAGCGUCUUUCUGAGAAUGGCCACUCCUCCUGGCCUGCUGAGAUGAGAGGAGGAUGCUGACCCCCUUGCCUCUCCCCUUAUUCCUUCUCUCUGUUCUCUUCCCUCUCUUGCCCUAUCUCUGUUUCUACUUAAGAGAAAAUGACUUUUUAACAAUUUAAAGCAUCCCAAAUAAGAUCCCUAUGUAAUUCUGAAGCCAGGAAUCCACUUGAAAUUGUAAAUAGUUUCAGGAGGCUCCUGCAGGCUGUUCACCCAUUGGUGUGUGCCUCAGUAUUCAGACUUGUGAUGACUAAUUGAAGGUGUCUAGAGGAGAGAAAUGCAUGCUGCUCUUUGGCUCUUCCUGUCCAACUUUUCUAGAAAUGACUCAGAGUCCAUUAGGAUUCAUGAAUAUUGUAUAAAUUAGCUGUAUGAAGCAGCAUUGGGUCAGAUAGAGUUCUUUUCCACAGCCCUGCUCUCCACCUCCUUCCAUGAUAGGAGUAGACUCUUCAUUGACAGCUUUGCCUCUGCUCCAUCCCACAGGUAUGAGUGGGGCAGUUUUUCAUUGGAAAUACGGUCUGCAUGGUAUGGAGGGAGGGUGGCGGAAGCUUUGCUACUCUGUUCAUGGCAUGUCUCCAGGAAUUUUUUCUGGAAUCUAGCCUCAGCCGUCUUAGAAUGGGAAAGGGAACCUGUCCUUGAUUCAGGUGGCUGGUGUCAGAGGAGACGGAAAAUUCCCAUUAGUCUAGAAAAGUGCUGGGCAGAAUCCACUUUGGAAAAUUACAGAUCUAGUUGGUCAGAAUUGGCUGUUUCCCAUGUGUGACCUAUUCGUGGUAUGCCAACUGGGCUGCUUCUUAAACAGGGCAAGGGAAGUGUGGAAUAUUUUUCUAUGAAAGCCUUAGCCUGCUUGGCGCCGUGGAAAGAACCAUUUGUACACUCAACCUUUCACCCUCUGAUUCUGCCUUCUCUACUUGUAGCACAAUAGAGUGGAAUGCUGCAGAACACUCGGUUUACAGUGAAAUGUUUUCAGUAACCAGUGUCAGAAGUAGGCUUGCUUCUGACUAUCCUCAUUAAUGGCCAACACUCAGCACUUUCCAUGGCAUGGCCUUGAGACAAAGGUCACCUUGUUAUGGGGUUCCAAUAGGAAAGAGAAUUUUUCCCCUCAAAGGAGGAAUUCUUGUGCUCUAUACUGCAAAUUAUUUUGACUCAGAGCUCUUGUAGGAUUUUAGCCUUUCGGUUGCAGCCUUUUUCUGUCCCUGUGCACCAGUACCAAGGAGAAAGACUCACAAAGUCCCUGUAUUUGUAGGGAGGCAAAUUAAUUCAUUUCACUAUGUCACAGCUAAAGGCAAGUUGAGGUGGUCAUUGCAUAGCACUGGACCAGAGGUGCAGAGCCCAAAUAGUGCUGGCCACUACAAGAAAGCUCGAGAAUGCUGUGCACCAUUGUAGGUCUGCUUUGCCUCACAAGGUACCACUAACAUGACCCCAACACUUGUGAAUGUGGGAGGCUUUUUAAGCUAAGGUCAGGCUGGAUGCUGGGGUGGUGACUGGUGGUUCUGCUCAUAGUCAUCUCCCGUUUCUUGACUUGGUGUCCUACUGCAGCAUGGCCAGUGUCACUCAGCAGUAGUUCCUGUGACUCUUAGCAACAACCUGAAUGUGUUUGCAUCCCACAUCUGGGUCCUCCUCCAGAACUUCCCUGUGCUGCACCGCUGUAACUGCAGUUGGUCAGAGUUUAAUUUACAUCUUCCUUUAAUUCUGAUGAAAAUCACAGUUUUGUGUGAAGGACAAGGUUAAAAUCUCCAUCACGAAUUUUUUUGAAAAAAAGAGGUAAGGAUCCCUUAAUGCUCUUGGCUCAGGCCUCACAGUGAGACCACUGAGGCCACCCUGUCUGCAUCUGUCUCCAUGAGUUGUUGGUGACCUUUUGUUAAUCUGUAGACACGUGAGGACUCGGGUCUGCUCUUGGGCCAGUGGCUGGUGGCAUGGUGAUUUUUUUUACUUUGUCUUAGUGUUUCUUAAGCAGCUCAAAGAUUAGGUGUUAUUUGUGUGCUGUGGGUUAGUAGAGCAGAACUCAGCCCCAACUGGACUCCACAGGUGGCUGAAUCAUUAUCUAGUUGUUGCCAAGGGUACAGCUGAAUUCACCUGGCUUUAGAAACAGAACAAAACCAGCCUGACUUGAUUCCUGGUUGAACAGGCAUAAGACAUUAGUAGUUGUCAUCUGCCACUUUUUUUUGCCAGUGUUAUUUGGUUAGGCCCACCUCUGGCAGGUAAAGUCCUUGUAGCCAGUGCUCACCUAGGCAGAGAGCAGGACAAGUCAGAAAUGGCCAGAUGGGAGCAGGUGGCCCCUGGGAAAGUCUGGCCUAAGGGAUACAGGACCUCCCACCAUUGCCAAAUAGUCUGCUCUUGACAAGUCUUGACAAACGAAGAUCAUUUUCCCCAGUGCCAAGCCCCUCAGAUCCAUCAGAGGAAGACCUUGAGCCCUGUCCCUUUCCACAGCCCCACUCCAAAGCCUGUCAUCUCCAUGGUCUGAUCCUGCUUUGCUAAGCUAUUCUGAAUGACUGUAGUAGUUAUUUUUCUGAGAGACUUUCUGGGAAUUAUGAAUACACACUGGGAGGCAUCCCCAGAGCUCUGGACAGAAAAAGUGCUGAGAGGGAUUUGAGUCCCCUCUUGCCACUCACCAGCCAUGUGCCUUUCUGCAAGUUAGCCUCUCAACGCCUGAUUCCUUAUCUGCCACCCAGGGAUUGUAGUAACCGUGUCCUUGCCAGCUCUUGUGAGGAUUAGCCACCAUGUCCACGGCAGGCAGUAGGCCUGGGGUCCUGAGAGCUGCUGAUACUGGGCAACAUCAUGUCACACGGGGCUCCUCUGUUGUCCUGGUAGAACAGAACCACAGCAUGAGCCUCCCAAGGCGCAGGGGCUCUCCCUGGGGUCCAGGUUCACCUGGCUCCCUUUUCCUCUCCUGGUCUUCCCUAGUCAUCUCCGUCUACCUUUGCCCAAAGUGUUCCCCAAUUUGUUGCUCAGUGCUGAAUAUUCCUUUAACUUUUUGAAUAGGUAAUCCCUUCAUAUGGUUCACAAAUCAUAAACAGUUAGUCUUCCCUUGCAUCCUUGACCUCCAGCAAGCUCAGCUUCUCCCUGCUUGAACACCCACUUUAAGUUCGUUCCUUAUGUAUCCUUCGAGAUUAUUUAUGCACAUAGAAGCAGAUACACACACGGGUGUGUGUGUAUAUGUGCGUGUGUGUAUACUUCUCUUUUACUCGUGAUACCAGACAAGUAUAUUCAAGGAGCAUUCCUCUUCAUGUAGGAAGAACCAUCCCCAGAAGUCAGAGUAUCUGUAAAAGGUGAGCCCAGAAUUGGGGGUGUUUCACAAUCACAUUCCUUUUGAAUAAGGAAUAUUUGUUCUUGAUUGCAGUAUACUGGAAGUCUAGUUUUCUAUACAAAUCAGAAACUGCAAUCCCUCCUGACCCUCAGAUGCUCAGGUAAUACACGAGCACAAUCAGUUUGUAGGCUGGCUUUCUGAGCUGUGACAGGACAUUCAGGAGCAGGCUCUGUAGCUGGGAGCAGCAGUGCAGGCUUCAUCCACAUCCGGCAACUUUUGCAGGGGCCUGGACAAGCUGCCUCCCGACCCCCCGCAAUCUUGGCCAGUUCCAAGUAAGGCUCAAGCAUUCUGCAGGGAUGUCUGGCCACAAAUGUCAUGGUUUCUUAGGUGAACUCCUGUGUUUCUGAGGCAGGAGUUUGAGAAGCAGCAGCAGCUGAAGGCUGAGGCAUCCUUCUAUUUUGUGGGACAGACGUUGCUAAGAGGUCAGUCUCCUCGGAAUGUCCAUGUUCAGAGUUCAAGGAUCUGCUCCCUUGCCCUCCCCACUCUUUAUGCACACACUAAAAAGAAAAUGCUUCCCAGAGAAUUUUCUCCUACUGGAACACUUUUUCCAUCCAACAGAAAUUACCCCACCAGUAAUCUUUUAAAAAAUCUUUUCUUCUAAAUUCAUUUUUGCCCCUGCAUGAGCGGAAAGUUAAAGCUGCUUCCUCCAGGCACCCCUGGGGAGAGGGGCAUGGACUCACACCUCUCGGUCCUCAUCCACCUCCCUGGUGUCCUGCCACCCAGGGCAGAAGCCUAGGGCUUCCCCUGGAUUAAAUGUGCGGCUUGGGCCCCUGACCUGAAACUUGAAUUAUAUGUGAAACUCCACCCUUCUGUCACUUGAUCUCGGGCCCUGGGUUAAUGUGUCUCUCACAUUAGCUCUUAUAUUUCUUGAGUAAAGGAGAUGAAUGAACGUGUCUAAAUUCUGGUGACAUUUGCAGUUAAUAACUGGAAAAUGCUGUGUCAUGGUUCUUUGGUAGAUUAUUGAAGGAUCCCACGUGCUAUGGAAUGUGUUCCCAUGAGUGGAAAUAUCAGGAGGAAAGAGGGGCUUGUUCACCAAAUCUGUCAUUUUUCCAGUUCAGCUUUAGAGCCCAAAUUGUUGCAAGAUGCAAACAGUUUUACUCCACUUUUAGACCAAGCAUCAGCAUUCUUGGUUUACCAAUCCAGUGCUCACUUCCAUGGCUAUGGGAUCAGGAAGAUAACCUCCUUGCUCCAAGGACAUGGACCUAGAACCUGGGUCCCUCCCGUGUCAAGGGACGUGUCUGUAUUUGAUGAAGCUCCCUCAGCUCCCUGUGCCAGUACAAGCCUGCCAGAUCUGCAUCUUAGGCCAUCUGCGCAGUCCCUCCCCUCCCAGGCCCUGCUAGAGCUGGUGGGCAGAUAGGUCCAGUGUCAGAAGUCCUUCCUGCUGACAGCCCGGUCUUCCAAGAGAGUGUUCCCGAUAACUGUUGUCUCUGGGCCUCUUGACAGAUCAUUGCCAGGAAGGAAGGAAUUUUAGUCUUGUUUAGUCCAUUGGGGUUUAUUCACUAGAUAUUGUAUAACUCCCUCAAAAAAAUGUUUAUGAAAUGCUGAGCCUCAGGUUUCAUAGACGUGUUUGUACACUAAGAAUUCUGCAGCAGAAUAUUUUUAAACAUUCGCAGUUUUUUGUAAGCUAUAUUUUUGUAUAUUUAAUUGCUAUUUUAAAAUUUUAAUGCAUUUUGCUAAUUACUCUUGUUUAAAAAAUAAAACAUGCAUGUAAUUGACUGAAACAAAUGUAAAUAAAAAGCAGAUUUUGAAAACACUUCAUGUUGUGUAUGUACCCUUCAACUCAGAGGGCCUGUGGUCACCCACACUCCAUUUAAGGCUGUGCAGCAAGAGUUGAAAAGUCAAGAUGAUUGAUUGUGAUGAAGGAGCUUCUGGCCUGUCCCUUCCAGUGGCACAGGUGGGGUGUAGGUCAGCAUUGAUGAGGAGAGCACCAGGCCACAGCAAGGGAGGAGGAAGAAAGGCCAAGGCCCUACCAGCCACCCUGGCCUCAGCUCUGCAGGUGGGAGCUGAACAGAGACGAGCAGUCUCCCACAUGUGGACACUGGUGCUCAGGACAGCCAAAGUGACAGAACCAGCCCACACCCUACUCCUCUAGCGAUAUCCCAGGGCUGGAAAUACCAACUAUUCUGACAGAAGGAGAAAAAACAUCUCUUGGUCCCAAGCCAUCCUGUGGCAGCCAGUUUCUCCUCACCACCCCUCACUAGGCCCUCUGCAGGUCAGCUUCUGCCCCAUGGCUUCAGGGAAACUGCUCCCUCCAAGGCCAUCCAUGAGCCUACAGCCAAAUCUGGGCCACCUCAUAAACCUCUUAAUGCAGGAGCCUGGAGAGCUCCCCUCCCCUCAGUCUCCUGAGCAAGAGGCCCCCACCAGUCCCUCCUCUGACCACGCUUCAGUUUUCUUUGUGGCCUUUUCCUUCUCUGACCAUCACUUGUUAUUCUCACUCUACCUUGGUAUUCACUAAAUUCACACCUAUUUGCACAUCAUUCUCAAGUCUGUUAUCACCAAAUAUCCAGUUGCCUAUUUGGUAUCCAAGUCAUGAAGUCCAAAACCGAGCCUCCCCGCCAAGCCAGGUGCCCUCACAGGACCUCCUUCCCCCAUAUCCAACCUCCACAUCCCAACAGAGCCCACUAAGCAUGCAUCUCUCUCCACCUGACUAUCUAUUGCUCCCUUUUUGGUUUAGGCUACUCCAUUCUCACCUGGACCGUCAUCACAGCCACCCCUCCCCCACUGCCUCUAGUGGGGAGCAUGGGUGGCACCCUCGGGCUACCACUUGGAGGGCAGACCUAGAGGGACAACUGUUGAGACAGGGCAGUGUCUUACAUCAGGAUGGUGGCAGUGAUGACUGGAGAUUGGUUUACAUGCAUCUUACAAGCUGGAGGUACUGAAGUGGUGGUAACUGGGAGAAGAUGCCAGCGGAGGUUCAGGGAGAGGAUGUGGACAUUUCUGUGUAGAGAUGGCCUUGGAGAUACCCAAGUGGAGAGAGAGGAAGGCAGUCAGUGCCUUGGGGCUGCAGCUCAGAGGGCAGGAAAUGGGCCAGGCAUGCUACCUCGGAAAUCAGUCAAGGUGAGUGCUGAUGACUGCUUAAAGAGCUCCAGGACCGCACCUGAGGGCUGGCAAUAUGUGUCUUCAGAGCAUAUGCUAGUAGAGACAGAAGUGGCCUGGAAGGCAGAAGGAAAAGCAAGAGGGAUCUGCUGUGUUAGAACUGAGAGAGAGACAUGAAACAUCCACUAGAUUUAGUAACGAGAUUCACUGGUGACCUUAUCAAGAACCGUCCCAUGGAGGGAUGGUGUGGGCUGAGCAGAGCCCUAAGUGAGGUCACGAAGCGGGAAGCCAUGGGGCCCCAGAGGUGGGAGGGAUUGCAAGGCAGGAGGGGGCUCUGACCAGUUCUAGCUGUGUGACCUCAAGCAGGUUUCCUCCUCUAAGUUGUGGUGAUGAUAAGGGCUACAGGAAACGACCCAUGUAAAGCACACACCUCGUGAGCACAGCAAGUUUAGGGCGAGCACGGGGACCAAUAGCACGGAGCUGCGCCUGCAUGGGGAGGGCUCGCUCCCGCUCCCUCCCUCCUCUGCCUUCUCAAUAGGCCUGGGGAUCACUGCCCAGAGAAAGCGGGGAGGAGGGCCUGGGGCACCAGAGGCUAUGGUAUCAGUGAGCCCACGAGCGGAGGUGGCAUUGUUUUGCUGGCUGUAGGAGAAAGGUGGGACCACCAAGCGUGCGUCUGGAAGGGGCCCAGGGUAGAGGACAGGAUUGGAGGUGGCUCAGGCAGGGCCAGGAAGGGAGACAGCAGAGACAGCAGCAAGGACAACAAUCACUACCCAAGGACCGCGAUUCCCAUCCCCCCAGCCUCCCUCCAGCUCUGCGGCCUGCGCAAGGCCAGCAGGACCCACAGCCCAAAAGCGCCUGAGAUCGCCCUCGGGAAAUGGCCGCUCCCUUCCUGGAAGGCAGCCGAGGCCACGUGCCUCUGCUGCCCCCACGCGGCCCCCAGCACAGGCGUCGAGGGAGCCGAGCCGACCUAGGAGUGGCGCGCUGUGCCCCAGCCCCUCCUGCGCCCUUCCUCCCUUGGAACCUUCCCUGCACGUCUGGUGUCCGCGCUUCGCCUGAAACCAAGCGGCGCCAGGAGGCUGGAAGCCUUAGGGUUUCCUUCUAUUUCAAAGGCUGCUUUAUACAAACCCUUCACUGCCUUCAACAGUGAGGCAGGCACCAAACAAUACACAAAAUAAGACAAACGUUGCUCUAUCUCCAAGGGGAAGGUUUUUUUUACAUCAGUUAUUCUGCACAGCAGAAAGAGGAGGUUCAAAGUCACUCUCUACCAAGACUCCAUCUAUAAACCUCUCUCCUCAAAGCAGCCUUUUAAGCCAGCAGACCAGGCAGUUUCCGGCAGGUAGGAAGACCAGAAGUGGGAGAGGAAGGCUCUCGCGAGAACCCGCCCUGCUCCCCACGAGUUAAUCAGUACACAUCUCAACUCCUCGCUUUCUACUGGCCUGAAAGUAUAACCAGAUUCUCCCCGUUCCCUGAAAAGAUGUCCACUCCAGCAGCCCUUUUUGUCUGGUUUUAGUCUUCCAGAUUGUGCUUUUCGUACCAGCUUACUUCCAUCAGGUCAAGAAUCCCCCCACUACCUGAGGAAA